GAUAGUGUAUCUUUGCCAAGGUGAAGUAGUGUCAUGGGUUGUUUUGAUUUUGGUGUAUGUAUGGGUGGACGUGUGUGAAUUUUGAGAGUCUUGCGCGAAAUAGUAUUUGUUUGUGACAUAUAGAUAGUUUAUGAGCAGGGAUUGAAAGUUGUCAAUUAACAUCAUGGCGAACACUGGCGUGUUACCGUUUGUUAGAGGUGUUGACUUCACAAGAAAUGACUUCAGUAAUGAAAGAUUUCCAGAGGCUGUGCGUCUUAUGACAGGAGUUCAGUGGUUGAAACUAGAUAGAACUAACCUCUCACAAAUUCCAGAAGAGCUUGGGAAGCUGCUUAAGCUAGAACAUUUGUCCCUUGUACGGAAUGAUUUAGAAAAGCUGUAUGGUGAAUUGACAGAACUUGCAUGUCUAAGAACACUCAACAUCCGCCAUAAUAAAGUAAAAAGCUCUGGAAUCCCAGCUGAUUUGUUUAAUCUUGAAGAGCUGACCACACUUGACUUGAGUCACAAUAACCUGAAGGAAGUUCCAGAGGGUCUAGAGAGAGCAAAAAGUUUACUUGUCCUUAACCUGAGCCAUAAUCAUAUAGACACAAUUCCAAAUCAGUUAUUUAUGCAACUGACAGAUCUCCUUUUCUUGGAUCUGAGUUCUAAUAAUUUGGAAACUCUGCCUCCACAGACACGGAGACUAGCAAAUUUGCAGACACUAGUGUUAAAUCAUAACCCACUGGGACAUUUUCAGCUAAGGCAGUUACCAUCAUUAAUGAAUCUGGAAACUUUGCACAUGCGAGACACACAGCGCACAUUAAGUAAUAUACCAUCAAACCUUGACAGUCUCACAAAUCUAAGGGACCUAGAUUUAGCACAGAAUGCAUUACCAAAGGUUCCUGAAGCCCUGUAUGCUCUCCCAAACCUAAGAAGAUUGAAUCUAAGUGAUAAUGAGAUAACGGAGCUUUCCCAGGCUGUUGAUUUGUGGCAACAUCUUGAAACUUUAAAUUUAUGCCGGAAUAAAUUAACAGCAUUGCCAGCCUCAUUAUGCAAGAUCAACACACUCAGGAGAUUGUAUGUCAAUGACAAUCAGCUUGACUUUGAAGGAAUUCCAUCUGGGAUUGGGAAACUGAGUAGUCUUGAAGUUUUCUCAGCUGCCAACAAUCAACUUGAGAUGAUACCAGAGGGUUUGUGCAGAUGUGGUUCUUUGAAAAAAUUGAUACUGGCGUCAAAUCGCUUAAUAACACUUCCUGACGCUGUUCAUUUGCUGUCAGAUCUUGACGUCCUGGAUCUCCGUGACAACCCAGAUCUUAUCAUGCCUCCCAAGCCUGUGGAAGUGCAACGUGGAGCAGGCAUUGAGUUCUAUAAUAUUGAUUUUUCUUUACAACACCAGCUGAGACUUGCUGGGGCUAAUGUUCCUGCACCAACUCCUUCAGGCGGCACCAGUAAGGAUCCUAUUGCAAGGAAGAUGCGGCUCAGGAGAGGACGUCGUGACCAGGAAGAAGCAGAUCAGGACCAAGCAAAAAUUCUUAAGGGAAUGAAGGAUGUUGCAAAAGACAAAAACAAACAGAAGACUGCUGAAGAAGCGAAAGCUGUAUCGCUGAAACCUAAGCGCUGGGAUGAAAGUCUUGAGAAACCACCUUUGGAUUAUUCUGAAAUCUUUGAUGAAGAUGCUGGACAGAUACCUGGUGUAACUAUUUGGGAAAUAGAAAAUUUUCUUCCUAAUCAAAUUGAAGAAGCUGUGCAUGGGAAGUUUUAUGAAGGAGAUUGUUACAUUGUUCUUAAAACAAUAAUUGAUGAGACUGGUUCUUUAUCCUGGCAGAUAUAUUUUUGGAUUGGAGAAAAAGCAACACUGGACAAGCGUGCCUGUGCAGCUAUUCACGCAGUCAAUCUGCGGAACUUUCUUGGUGCACAGUGUCGUACUAUACGAGAAGAGCAAGCUGACGAGUCAAAUGAAUUCCUCAACUUGUUUGACACAGAUAUCACAUAUAUCGAGGGUGGUCGCACGUCGAGUGGUUUCUUUACAGUGGAAGACACGGCAUACAUCACAAGGCUUUAUCGAGUACAUGCAGCAGGGUGCUCCUCCAUACACAUGGAACCAGUGGCAGUUUCAACUGAUUCACUGGAUCCACGAUAUGUGUUUGUCCUUGACACUGGUCUCAAAAUUUUCAUGUGGUAUGGCAAGAAAUCAAAGAACACCUUCAAAUCAAAGGCGAGGCUUAUGGCUGAAAAAAUAAACAAAAAUGAGAGAAAGAAUAAAGCAGAAAUUCUCACUGAACUUCCUGGGGAGGAAUCAUCUGAUUUUUGGCUGGCUUUUGGUGAGGAGGAUGGGCUUGCGCCAGAGGAACCACCUCAGGAACAUGUAAGCUGCAAUUUUGUGCCUGCAACACCUCGUUUAUACCAAGUGAGGCUUGGAAUGGGCUAUUUGGAGCUACCACAAGUUGAGGUUCCUCAUGGCAAGCUUGUGAAUUCACUGCUGAAUAAUAGAAAUGUAUAUAUACUCGACUGUUACCCCGAUGUAUAUGUUUGGUUUGGGAAAAAGUCUACUCGUCUUGUACGAGCAGCUGCUGUGAAGCUCUCUCAAGAGCUAUUCAGUAUGAUUUCAAGACCAGAGUAUGCAUUAGUAAGCAGAGUCCAAGAAGGAACAGAAACACAGAUAUUCAAAUCAAAGUUCAGUGGCUGGGAUGAAGUUAUAGCAGUUGAUUUUACACGAACUGCUGAAUCAGUACAGAAGACUGGAGCUGAUCUUACUAAAUGGGCUCGACAGCAAGAAACAAAGGCUGAUUUGGCUGCUCUCUUUACACCUCGACAACCGCCAAUGUCACUUGCUGAGGCUCAACAACUUAUGGAAGAGUGGAAUGAAGAUUUGGAUGCAAUGGAGGCUUUUGUCUUAGAAGGAAAGAAGUUUGUUCGACUGCCAGAGGAAGAACUAGGUCACUUCUACAGUCGGGACUGUUAUGUGUUCCUUUGCCGUUACUGGGUACCUGGCGAGGUUCCGGAUGAAGGAAAUGCUGAUGAUGAAACUGACCAAGGACAGGUUGAAGACGACUUUCAGUGUGUUGUGUAUUUCUGGCAAGGACGAGAAGCAUCCAACAUGGGAUGGCUUACUUUUACUUUUAGUUUGCAGAAAAAAUUCAAGUCUUUAUUUGGAGAAAAACUGGAAGUUGUGAGAACUCAUCAGCAGCAAGAGAAUUUGAAAUUUAUGGCACAUUUCAAAAGAAAAUUUGUAAUCCACCAAGGAAAACGUAAGGAACCACCACCUUCAACAGGACCUCCAGUGGAAUUCUAUCAUCUUCGUUCCAAUGGAAGUCCAUUAUGUACAAGACUGAUACAGAUAAGGCCUGAUCCACUGGCCCUCAACUCUGCAUUUUGUUAUAUUUUGAAAGUACCUUUCAACAACGAGGAGUUGACGGGGAUAGUUUAUGUGUGGUUAGGGUCAAAAGCUGAUCCUGAUGAGGCAAGACUUGUAGUUGAAAUAGCAGAAGAAAUGUUUAACAAUCCAUGGAUAGGAUUCCAAACAUUAAAUGAAGGUGAAGAACCUGACAAUUUCUUUUGGGUUGCUCUGGGUGGUCGUAAACCGUAUGAUACGGAUGCCGAUUUUAUGAAUUACACACGCCUUUUCCGCUGUUCAAAUGAGAAAGGAUACUUCACAGUAUCUGAAAAAUGUUCAGAUUUCUGUCAGGAUGACUUAGCAGAUGAUGAUAUAAUGAUUUUGGAUAACGGAGAGCAGGUGUUCCUCUGGCUUGGACCAAAAUGUAGUGAAGUGGAAGUGAAACUGGCAUUCAAGUCGGCACAGGUGUACAUACAGCAUUUAAGAGUCAAGCAACCAGAAAGACCUCGUAAGCUUUUCCUUACAGCGAAAAAUAGAGAGUCUCGCAAAUUCACAAAGUGCUUCCAUGGUUGGGGCCCACACAAAAGGCCUCCAGAAUAAAAUAUUUAUCUGUGCAUUUUUACUAUCUGUCAUGCAGGAAACAGCCACUGAGCUACAUCUUUUGUGCAAGUUGUCCAUUUAAAUGUCCCACUGGUCCUGUUUUCUGGUUACAGUGUUUCAUGAACAGUCAGUACUGCACAGAUUUUUUAUAUUUAUUAUUAUUUAUUACUUUUUUAAUUUAAAGACAGAAGUACAUUGCUGUACAAUAUUUUCUGAUAAUGUACAUAUAUUUAUGUGUUAUUCUGUUAAACUGUACUUUUUGCAUGCACAAAAUAUUUUUAAUGGAUUGUAAAGACUUUUUGAGUAAAAUAUAGAUGUUUAUUACAUGUUGA